CCCGUGAUUGUUUACUACAAGCUGAUUGGUUAAGGGAUAUUAAACGUCAUCGGGAAUUUAAAAUUUCAAACAGCUGCUUUUUGUCGUGACUGUGCCCACGGAGAGUACUGCUUUAUUAGAGGAAAAAUGGAGGCUUUAGGAGACCGGCUAAAGGUGAUGGUUAAAAUCUUCAGGAGAGAGUGCCACAGGGUUUUACACUCUGAGAGGACCACAAUUCAUGGAGCUGAUAACAUGCUGAUGAUGCUGCAGCUUGCCAUGGCAGAAGUUAAUAAGCAGCACGGAGGAGAGUUCAAAGUCACUCUGAGUGAUGUCCUGAUGGCCUGGAAACACUUAGUGUUAGACAAACUUCACCUGCCACCCCCUAGCUUUGCACGCUUGGAGAACUAUGAUCUCAUCCUGGAGGCAUACGAAUCCUUCCUGAAGCGCUCCAACACUGUGGACCUGGUUGAUGUCCUCUCCAUGUACAAACAGCUGAGAGCAGUGAGCUCAGACCCAGAGGAACCUGUGAGCCCGAUUCAGCUGUUUGAGUUCUUAUCAGGCAACACUGAGGUCUCAGAGUUGCCAGACUCCUCAGUCCCGUCAACACCAUCCAGUAAAAGCAGAUCCUGCAGCUCACAGGUGAAAAUGGCAGUUAGAAGGGUUUUCUGCUCCUAUCUGAGCCUGCUUGUGAACUCCAAGGACGACAUGGCUUUGACGUUAACCCUUGAUGUCCCAAGUCGCGCCCUUGGACGACAGGCAUUCACCGACAUAAAGCAUGCUGCACAUAACAGCAACACAUCUCUUUUCUUGGCUGUCACAUCUUUCGUGAGGGCCAUCCAGCUCGGAGGCAAGGGCUACGCUCCAGCUGAGUCGGACCCACUGAGGAAACAUGUCAAAGGCCUGUCUGACUUUGUCCAGUUUCUAGACAACCUGGAAGAAAUACUGGGGGAGAUUCCUGACCCAAGUGCAUGUGGAGCCAGGCUGGUGGCCGCCAUCAGGACAGUGCUGGUGAAGGGACGCAGCAGCGGAGAUGCGGUGUACGCUGCAGCUGAGGAGACGACGAAGGAGCUGAAGGAGAGAAUCUGCCAGCUACAUCAGAUCCAGAAACAGACUGCUAAUGGAAGCGGGACGGGGAUAAGUCCUGCCAGGCCAAAGGUGUACGCAAUCAAUCAUGCCACUGCGUACGGAGGUCGGGACACUGUGAAUGUGCUGAUGGCUCUCCUGGACGAAGAAGCGCUGACUCCUCUGUCUGAGAACAAGGCAGACUUGCUGUCUGAAGACCAGCCCGUCCUCAGUGGAGCUGAGGGGACCUGCAUCCUCACACUGUUCAGAUCCCCUGAAGUGUCUACUGGAUGUUCUCCAGAACCUCUAAGAAGCCGAGUCCAGAGCCGGCUAGACCUGCUCAAACCCAAGGCCAAAGACAGAGUCAUUCGAUCCCAGUUUGCGUGCACGUACAAAGAUGAAGAGCUGCCACUCAACCGUGUGCUGGAGUUCCCCAGCACCAGCCAGGUCCCUACCUGUGUGCACCCAGGACCCAAAAACAUCCCAGCUGUGAAUGAGGAGUGCAGCUUGGAUGUGGAGGAGACAAGCACAGUCUUUCCAGCCAAGCCUACCUCUGAAUGUCCAAAUAAGGUGCAGAGCGGUGUGCAGCAGGGGGCUGCUAUUGGGCAAAGAAGUGGAAAUGCCCAAAAUGGAGGCACAGGCCGUGGCAGUACCAAGAAAUCUGGCAUUCAAAUGCAGAACAAGAGCAACAAGAGGAAGCAGGUAGAUUCUGACCAACAUGGAGGAUCAGAGAAUGAGCCUCCACAGAAGAAACAACCCACUCGUGUCUCAGUCAAAAUGCCUGGCAAAGCUGUCAGCAAGACCUCGAGUAAGAAGAAGCUGAUAGCUGGGCAGGGAAAGCUAACCAGCUUCUUCAGGGUUUAAUGGGUGUUUGCACUGUUUUCGUGGUGGCACAGUGGAUCGACUUUCUGUCAAAUGAUGUUCAAACAAUGCAGCUGUUGUCCAGCUGUUUUCUCUCACUGACAAAUCUUGCACACAAGUGAAUGUUCCAAUUAAGUCUGCAGCUAAUGAUUAUUUUCAGCCUCAGUUAAUCUGUUGACUUAAUGAAUUUAUUGAAGCUUGUUCAAUAUUUUGAGAGGAUAAGUUCUUCUAAAAGCUAAUUUAAGUGACUUUUUAUGCAUUUAUCAAGUGGUUGGCUGCAACAUGAAACGAUCGUUUUGGUAGCAGAUCAUUCUUCAGUCUGAAUUUAUUCAAACAAAUGUAAAAUUCCACAAUGAAAUCAACUGUAAAUAUGAGACGGAUUUCUUCUUUUUAAUAAACUUUUAUUUUGUUUUAUA